AUGUCCAACAACUCUGCCUUCAACUUUUCUCCUCCAGGGCCCCAGCGCCCCAUAAUUUCUCCUCCUCCUACCACUACGGCCUCGACACUGCCGAACACCGCAACACUCGCCUCCAUCGGCCCGCGCAUCCCUACCGUCGGGUCCCGCGCUCGCGAUCUCCACUACUCCAUCCGCGACUUUCUCUCCACCCACCCACUCCUCGAGCUCGGUGGCCAAGAACACUUUUCUGUUGAGCGACGUCGCCAUCAAGACGUGUUUGGCCUCCACGCCUUACCCAAGGAUAAAAUCCAUCCGAUUGACGACGUCGAGUUUACUGCCAUCCGAGGACCCCAUGGGACCAUUCCUGUUCGCGUGCUGUACCCAACUUCGGGAAAGGACAACCGCAACAAAGGAAAAGCAGGGGCCUUGAUAUACUUCCAUGGAGGUGGAUAUACGGUAGGAUCGGUAGACGAGUUUGAGAACGGACUGCGGCUGGUCGCCGAGGAGUCAGGCUGUCAGGUCUACGUGGUGGAGUACAGACUGGCGCCCGAGUUCAAGUACCCGGUGCAAUUGGAUGAGUAUUCGGCCGUGAUCGACUGGGUGCAGGGCGAGGGAGGGAAGACAAGGGGAGUCCAUCCUGAAAAGGUAGUAGGUGGAGGGGAUUCGGCUGGCGGGAACAUGACAGCAGCCAUCUACAUCUCCCCCCAAAACCGUUACGUCUCGCCCGGUAUGCAAUCCGUCGAGGACCUCCGUGGUCAACCACCCGCCGCCGUGUUCACCUCUGGCUACGACCCCCUGCGAGACGUCGGCUGCGAAUACGCAAGCAAGCUGUCACAAGCUGGAGUACCGACUCGCUGGCGUCACUAUGACAACCUCACCCAUGGCUGGCUCCAGAUGACGGCGUGGUCGGAAGUGGCAGAGCAGGCUGUCAAGGAUGUUUCGCACGAGGUCAAGAGGCUGGUUUUUGCGGCGAUUGAUACACAUACGCUCAAAGGUCCUCAGGGCCAAUUACCAGUUGACAGGCUCAAUGUGCGUGACUUUACGUUGGCCAAUUCGCAGCGCGGGCAGAGCGGUGAUCGGCCAACCACUAGAGCCGCUCGCACCACUCGCGUUACCACCCCCUUCAAAAUUAACACAUUCAGCAAGCCGCGAAAUCGUUUGGUGGAUUAGCCUCGAAACGGAGCCAAGGCAUCUGCACUUGUGUCAACUAGGUUCAAACGUGGAACAGCGGUAAUGACAAGUUUGCAGGCUUGAGAUGAUCGGGUGGGAGCAUAUCUACUGUUUACAUCUGAGACGUUUGGUCCCAUCUCUCCACCUUAGUCUCGACCUGUAUCUCAUCUUCAGCGUAGCAUUGGAGAUGUUAGUGCGCGGUACGGUUCUUGACAGGCCUUGCAGGCUAACUCGG